AUGUCUUUAUUUCUCAGUAACUUAUCAACAAAUGACUCUAGCCUGUGGAAAGAGAAUCAUAAUUCUACGGACCUUUUAAAUCCGCCAGGAACUCUGAAUAUCUAUCUUUUUUGCUUGACAUGUCUCCUGACUUUUGCAGCCUUGGUGGGCAGCAUUUAUUCACUAAUUUCACUGCUGAAGAUGCAGAACAGAACUGUUGUGUCCAUGCUUGUGGCUUCCUGGUCUGUGGAUGAUCUCAUGAGCGUCCUGUCGGUGACCAUCUUCCUGUUUUUGCAGUGGCCAAACGAGGUCCCCGGUUACUUCCAAUUUCUAUGCACCACAUCUGCCUUAUUGUAUUUAUGCCAGGGCCUCUCUAGCAACUUGAAGGCGACUCUCCUAGUCUCUUACAACUUUUACACGAUGCACAGGGCUGUGGGGAGCCAGACAGCCUCCAGAAGAUCGGGCCAGGUGCUUGGCGUGGCGCUGACCGUGUGGACAGCCAGUCUGCUGCUCUCGGCGCUCCCGCUGUGCGGCUGGGGCGCCUUCGUGCGCACGCCCUGGGGAUGCCUGGUGGACUGCUCCAGUUCCUACGUGCUGCUGCUCUCCACCGUGUACGCUUUGGCCUUCGGACUCCUCGUGGGCCUCUCGGUCCCACUUACAUACCGAUUGCUGUGUUCUGAGGAGCCGCCGAGACUCCACGCCAACUACCAGGAAAUUUCCCGUGGAGCUUCAACUCCUGGAACCCCUCCUACUGCGGGGAGAGUGGUUUCCCUGUCCCCAGAGGAUGCUCCCGGCCCGAGUCUGCGGCGCUCUAGGGGAUGCUCCCCGAGCUCAGACACCGUGUUUGGACCGGGUGCGCCCGCUGCCGCUGGGGCUGGAGCCUGCAGGCGUGAGAACCGGGGAACUCUCUACGGCACCAGGAGCUUCACCCUGAGCGUAGCGCAGAAGCGCUUCGCUUUGAUCCUAGCACUUACAAAAGUCGUCCUUUGGCUGCCCAUGAUGAUGUACAUGGUGGUCCAGAACGUCGUGGGGUUUCAGAGCCUUCCCUUGGAGACAUUCAGCUUUCUACUUACCCUGCUGGCCACCACUGUAACCCCAGUGUUUGUCUUGUCCAAACGCUGGACCCACUUGCCCUGUGGCUGCAUCAUCAACUGCAGGCAGAACGCAUACGCAGUGGCAUCCGAUGGGAAAAAAAUCAAGAGAAAAGGCUUUGAAUUCAAUCUAUCAUUCAAAAAAAGUUAUGGGAUUUAUAAAAUAGCACAUGAAGAUUACUAUGAUGAUGAUGAAAAUUCCAUAUUCUAUCACAACCUGAUGAACUAUGAGUGUGAAACUACAAAAGACCCUCAGAGAGACAACCGUAACGUCUUCAAUGCUAUAAAAGUAGAAAUCAGCACCACGCCCUCUCUGGACAGCUCCACACAUGGCGGCAUCAAUAAAUGCACAAAUACUGAUAUUACAGAAGCUAAACAGGAUUCCAACAACAAAAAGGGUGCGUUUUCUGACAAAACAGGAGGGGAUAUUCACUAUGAAGAAACUACCUUUUCUGAAGGGCCAGAAAGAAGACUGUCUCAUGAAGAGAGUCAGAAACCAGAUAUUUCAGACUGGGAGUGGUGUAGGAGUAAAUCAGAAAGAACCCCUCGUCAGCGUUCCGGUGGUGCCCUUGCCAUUCCCUUGUGUGCAUUCCAGGGGACUGUGUCUCUGCAUGCACCUACAGGGAAAACCCUAUCUCUUUCUACCUAUGAGGUAAGCGCAGAAGGGCAAAAAAUAACUCCAGCCUCUAAGAAAAUAGAAGUCUAUCGAUCCAAAAGUGUUGGCCAUGAACCAAACUCAGAAGAUUCUUCAUCCACGUUUGCAGACACCAGUGUGAAAAUACACUUGGAGGUUCUUGAAAUUUGCGAUAAUGAAGAGGCCUUGGACACUGUGUCAAUCAUUAGUAACAUCAGCCAGUCCUCCACACAAGUCAGAUCUCCAUCCUUACGUUACUCCAGGAAAGAAAACAGAUUUGUUUCCUGUGAUCUAGGGGAAACGGCCUCAUACUCCCUCUUUUUGCCCACCAGUAAUCCUGAUGGUGAUAUCAAUAUCUCCAUUCCAGACACCGUAGAAGCACACAGGCAGAAUAGUAAAAGGCAGCAUCAAGAGAGGGAUGGCUAUCAGGAGGAAAUCCAGUUGUUAAAUAAAGCUUACAGAAAAAGAGAGGAAGAGAGCAAGGGUAGUUAA